GAAAACAAAACACUAUCUUAAAAUGCACAUAACCUUAUAAGAUAAAUUAUAAUUUUGUCAAAUUUAUAUGAUAAAAAUUCGAUUUAAAAAAAAUAUUAACAUAUGCGUGUAUUUAAAUGCAAACUAUUUUAAUAAAUAUUAUCUUUAAAUAACUCUUAUCUUGAGUUUACGAAGCGUUCGUGUCUUUAACGUACAAUAGCAUUGUGUAUUGUGUAUACUGGUCCAUAUUCAAGGAAAUAUUAUUUAUACUUAAAAUCACGUUCUUCAAACUUAUAUACACAUAUUUUUUUUAUAACAAUUAUAUACAAAAUUCUAAAAACAUUAAAACACACGUUUAAAAUGUUCUAUUAUUCGUAUUGACUGAAUACGUUAAAUUUUUCAAUAUAACCUAAAAAAAUAUAAACAUUAAUGAAACGAAAUCUUACUAUUCUUUUUUAUUCAUGUGGUUAUUGUAGAAAUAUUUUAAUUAAUUUAAUGCACUAAUUAUUUUUAUGCAUUAAUAAUUUAAUGCAUUAAUUAUUUAUUGAAUGAACUUGUAUUGAAUAAAGUCAAUUUGUUCAAACCAAAGUUUAAAACACACAUACAAAUAUGGCACGUAAUGCUGAAAAGGCUAUGACCACCCUUGCGAGGUGGAGGGCAGCUCAAAGCAACGAAGGAGCCAGAAAAGAACAAGAGAGAAGACCUUAUUUAGCCUCCGAGUGUCGAGAUUUGAGGAAAGCCGAGAAGUGGAGAAUGCAAAUUAUUAGAGAGAUCGCUAAGAAGGUUGCUCAGAUACAAAAUGCUGGUUUAGGAGAAUUUCGAAUUCGUGAUUUAAACGACGAGAUUAAUAAAUUACUCAGAGAAAAGAGGCAUUGGGAAGCACAAAUAAAAGAACUCGGAGGACCAGAUUAUUCUCGUGUAGGACCACGGAUGCUGGAUCAUGAAGGACGAGAGGUACCUGGAAAUCGGGGUUAUAAAUAUUUUGGAGCUGCAAAAGAAUUACCAGGAGUGAGAGAACUCUUUGAACAAGAGCCUCCACCACCCCCUCGGAAAACACGUGCAGAAUUAAUGAAAGAUAUAGAUGCCGAUUAUUAUGGAUAUAGAGACGACGACGAUGGAAUUUUGUUACCGUUAGAACAAAAAGCGGAACAUGAAGCAAGAGACAAAACUAUAAAAGAAUGGCUACAGCAGAAGAAUAAAGAGUCAGAUUCGGAAGAAGAAAUAGAAACGACUUCACAAAAACGUAUACCAUCGCAGCAAGAUAUACAAGAAGCAUUACUUGCAAGAAAAAAGAGAGAACUAUUGGAGAAAUAUGUUCUCUGACUGACACUUUAUUUUUUAUGCUCUUAAUAACAACUAUUCAUAAAUUUAUUUAAUUGUAUCAGAGUACAUUUUUAUAAAACGCGAUAAAUAUAGUUAUUUAUUUGUAAGUAUGUAAUAACAUUGAUCAAGGUAAUUAUUUUGUGCAGUAGACGUUUAAACUUUAAUCGUUACUUAUCGAGAAAAGGGUGCUGUAGAUAAAAUAUAAAUAAAAAUCCGAUGAGAUAGUCUGUUUAUAACGUUCGCGAUCUUCACUUAUAACAGUUUUUGAAAGAAAUCGCGAAUAAGAUGAUACAGUAGUACGCACCAUCUUGAUCUCAUACUAGCAUUAAAAAUUUUUUUUUUAAUUUGGCAUAUCUCCCUGUAACAAACGAUUUUUAAAAUUAUUUCGUUUGUUAUCUCGUGACUUUUCUUAUAGCGUUCAUUGGGCGUAGAAAUCCGAGUACAACGAAUUCUUUGAAUUCUUUAGAGUAACUUGACGAAGUGAUAUAUAAGGCAAUGUAAUCACGAAAUAGUGCUCCUGCAAUGAGAGAUUCAUAAGAUAUCUUGACGACUUAUUACGAUUACUUCAUUUCGAGUUGAAUUACACACAAAUAAAGAAUUUGUUUUUGAGAGAGAAAAUUCUGAAGAAUGUAUCAUUGUCUGUAUAUGUGUAAGCACAACUUAAAAACUUCCAUUCAAUAUCGUGUCAUUUAUAAACAGACUGUAACAUAUGUACAAUCAUGUUGCUGUUAGGACUCAGAAGUCAAUGGCACUAAAAGUA